ACAACUACAUAGCUCAAUGACGUCAUUGACAGGGUUACUUUGCGCACGUGGGCUAAAGGGUUUAAUCGAACAUGAGUAAUUCAAUCCAUAAUCAAUUGUCUCUGUCGUUAUUAGACACAGAUUCCUCGAUUGGACAUACGAUGAAAGGCGAGAGGCAAGGGUCCCAGUGCCAGACGCACAGUGUGGAUGAGACCGCUCGCGACGUCGAGGCAGACGAACUACAGAGGCCGUCUCUUCAGGAGUUGGAGGACAUUUUACAUUCGUCCCCGCGCUCGUGUCGUCAUGGCGACGAGGUGUGGCCCAACCUGUAUCUGGGUGACAUGUACAUGACCCAUGACAUGUUUGGACUGUGGCAGCUGGGCGUGACACACGUCUUGAACGCAGCUCAUGGCAAAAUGUGCUGCAAAGGGAGUGCUGAUUUCUACGGCACCACGGUGAAGUACCAUGGCGUGCCAGCCAGUGACCUGCCCACCUUUGACCUUUCACCUUUCUUCCACACCUCUGCGCUGUUUAUUCACGAGGGUCUGACAUCGGGAGGCAAGGUGUCCGUGAACUGUGCCGUGGGAGUGAGUUGUUCAGCUGCUGUCGUUUUGGCCUACCUCAUGAUCCAUCGUCACCUCAGCCUUGUGUCUUCCAUUCGCCUUGUUCAGCAGAAGCGCUGGGUUUUCCCCGACCCCAACCGGGGCUUCCUGCAACAGCUUAUUGCCCUCGAUCGGAACCUACAGCGGGAGAGAGGCUGAAAAC